AUGCUUCCGCGAGUUUCCCUCUUCCUCCUCGUUGCCUCCUUGGCUGAUGCCACGCUCUGGGGCUGGCCAGGCGAGUUCACCAUCAGCUCUUACAUGCGUCUCAUCGCCUAUCCGCCGGGCGACUAUGGGGAAACCUACUACACGUGCAACGGGUGGCACAACUGGUGUGAUCUCAGUCAGUGCGAAGCGAUGGAGCACUUCAAGUGGAGUGGCCGAUUCCCGACCGGCUACGUCUAUGCGCAAAAGCCGAACGCUGCUUGGAUGGAUCUCUGGCGCCUCGAAGGCACGAACACGUACAACAUAUUUGAGAAGAACGGCGACGGUACGGUCCACGGGCAGUGUCAGGUGGACUCGAUGCAGCCCGAAACAUGCGAGUAUAACGGGUUCACAAGCGACAAGGCAAUGCCGUACCUCCACUGCUGGCAAUAUUAA